AUCGCUCGCUCUCCUUUUAAUCGACGCAAGUUUGAAAACCCCGAUCGGCAAAAUUCGAAACUCGUUCGUAGUAAUCGGAAUCGUCGAAGAUGGAUCAAACAGUAUCGGAAAAUCUCAUCAUGGUGAAGAAGGAAUCAGGCGGGAUCGCCGUCAUCACAAUCAACCGUCCGAAAUCUCUCAAUUCGCUCACGAGAGCGAUGAUGGUGGAUCUCGCCAAGGCAUUCAAGGAUAUGGACUCCGACGAAUCGGUCCAGGUCGUGAUUUUCACCGGAUCGGGUCGAUCUUUCUGCUCGGGCGUUGAUUUGACUGCUGCGGAGUCUGUUUUCAAAGGAGACGUCAAGGAUCCGGAAACCGACCCGGUUGUGCAGAUGGAACGGUUAAGAAAACCGAUCAUCGGAGCUAUUAACGGUUUCGCCAUCACCGCUGGGUUUGAGCUCGCCUUGGCUUGUGAUAUUUUGGUCGCUUCUAGAGGAGCUAAGUUCAUGGAUACUCACGCAAGGUUUGGGAUAUUUCCUUCAUGGGGUUUGUCUCAGAAGCUGUCAAGGAUCAUCGGAGCAAAUAAAGCUCGGGAAGUUUCUUUAACAUCGAUGCCAUUAACAGCUGACGUAGCUGGGAAGUUAGGGUUUGUAAACCAUGUGGUUGAAGAAGGAGAAGCGUUUAAUAAAGCUAGAGAAAUUGCAGAGGCUAUAAUCAAGAAUGAACAAGGCAUGGUUCUCAGGAUUAAAUCUGUUAUCAAUGAUGGACUAAAGCUUGAUCUUGGACAUGCUCUCACUCUCGAAAAGGAGCGAGCUCAUGCGUAUUACAGUGGGAUGACAAAGGAACAGUUUAAGAAGAUGCAGGAGUUUAUAGCUGGACGUGGAUCCAAGAAACCUUCUUCUAAGUUGUAGACAGUGUCUAUUGAUCUUAAAAUAGUACUCCUACUUUGUACCAUUGUCUUUAAUCUAUCUUAUGAUUAUUGUCUUCAAUAAUAAUAUCUUUGUUUGUUUUCACAAGUGUAACGCAAAUCAAGUAAAGUUGGGUUACCUCAGUA